GUUUUAGUUCAAGAUUUAUUGCACCCAACUCAGGUCUCUGAAGACAAGAAGCACAAGUUGAAGACCUUGGUCCAAUCCCCAAGAUCUUACUUCAUGGAUGUUAAGUGUCCAGGCUGUUUGAACAUCACCACUGUCUUCUCUCACGCCCAGACCGCCGUCACCUGUGACUCUUGUACUACUGUCUUGUGUCAGCCAACCGGUGGUAAGGCUAAGUUGACUGAAGGUUCUUCUUUCAGAAGAAAGUAAAUUCAUUAAUCCAGAAAAAAAUGAUGAGCUGAAUGGGAGCGUUGGUUUUAUGACGCCGGUUUAUUCCAGGCUGCUGGUUGUCUCCCAUUUCUGUUAAAUUGUGUUAUAGUUGCUUUAACUUUUGCAAGGUUUCUCUUAAUGGUUUCUUUCUUUCUCUACUUAUAAAUAUCCGACGAUGUAUAUCAUUCAAUGUACCUAAUAUCUGUCUGUA